GUGAAUUUGGUAUGGAGCAGGGGUACCUGGUUGGUUGGAGUCUGAUUCGACGCUGCCACUGUGCACAGACGACGCCCGACGCCACGUGUGGUGAAUUCGAGAAUCGCACAUCAUGAAGGGAUAUAAUCAAAGAUCGAGGCCCGUUUGAGAGGCUCACCGCUCAAGAGAAACGCAACUCGUAGAGGUCACAACUGACAGAGACUCCAACCAAGCAAAUUACUCCCGAAAGCAACGUCUACCUAACCCCGCGAGCAUGGCCAAAUCAAGUCGUCGGAAACAAUCCCGAAGCCCGGCGAAGAAAGAGCAGUCUAUCCCUCCACCGGAGCCGGUCGACGGCAAUGCCUCUGUGAUAAAUCGCAAGCGAAAAGAGGGCCCCGAUACGAAAGAUGAAGAUCAUAAGCGACAGAAAAUUGCAUCUCAAGCGUCGAAGGCCAACAAGGUCGAGGGCAGUGCAAAGCUUGGCGACACCGAAGCAUGCGAAGGGGGUCGCACCGAUGCAAUCGAUUCCCUCCGCCAACACUGUCGCUGAACACGAGCAUUCAUCCCCCCUCAAGACCGGAUCACGAGCUCGAGGGGAAGUCCAAGGUUUAGAAGCAACC